CGGUGGAGUUUUCCGUCUUUUGACCACGUAAUGUGGCGUAAUAACCUGGAAGACUUACCACGGGUAUCUGAGGGCGCGUUAGAAGCCUUGUGCGCUUCGGAAACGCCAUCGUCGCGGCAGCGGAGCAAGUCGUACGCCUUUGCCACCGAAGCGUACACCCUGCCUUCGUCAGUGAUGACGAACGUCUGCGACUCGAGGCUUGGUGUCGUCUAUGCGAAAGCUACAUGCUUCAGGAGCCAGAAGAAGACUGGAGUGCCAUAUAAAAUUCAAGUCGCAUUUAGGCUUGACACUGGUGCAGUGACGGGUGCAACUUGUGAGUGCCCUGCUGGAGCAAGCGGUGCGUGCAGCCACAUUCUCGCCACUCUUCGGUUGAUUAUCUUGUUGAAGACAAAAGGCUACAAGGAGACACCGCCAGAGUUGUCGUGCACUGAGCUCCCACAACAGUGGCGGCGCCCUCGACGACAAGGCAUCAGGCCAAUGAGUGUCCAAGACGUGGAUUGGAGGAGUCCCCGUGAAGGCGGCAUGCCCACACCAAUGCCAGUGCGGCUGUUUGAUGCCUGCGCCAAGAAGCAAGACGAGCAACGGCAGCUGGAGUUGCUGCAUGAACUGGGCAGAACACUCCAGAGCCUUGGGAACCAGGACUUCGGCGCAGUACUACUGGCUGCCCGAGGGCCACUGACGGACACAAAACUGGGGCCUGCACCUGCUGGUUCACCACUGUCUUAUCAGCAGGCAAUGCUACCCUCCGGCUACAAGACGUGGACCUCGGCAAACAUUUCUGCAGGAAUCGGCCUUGCAACUUCAGUACCGGAGCUCUCUCUCUUCGAUGGGACUCGACAACACACAUUCUCUGGCACGUUCAGUGCGGAGGAAUGGCAAAUAUUGACGGGGAUCGAAGUGUCGCCGGAAAGUGCCAGGGAGCUCGAACUGAACUCCAGACAGCAAGGACGGAGUGCACACUGGCGAGACGCGCGGCGCCACCGAUUAACCGCUUCAAGUUUUGGUCGUGGAUCCAAGCGAGAACAGUGGACAGAAACGGGCUUGCGGAACCUCAUCGAGCCAAAAGACAUCUCGCAUGUUCGCGCAGUUCAGUACGGGCUAAGAAAUGAAAGUUUGGCUGCGGACCGCUAUACAGCUGUUAUGACUAACUUCAAGCACAAUGUGUCGCUCCAGCACUGCGGCUUAGUAGUAAACCCUGGAUUCCCGUGGCUUGGUGCCACACCUGACAGGCUGGUAUAUGAUCCAGAGGAGCUCUCGUAUGGAGUCCUUGAAAUCAAAUGUCCGUAUUCACUCAAGGACACUGAACCAGAUUAUGCCAGGAUGCAGAACUUCUACAUAACAUUCAAUGAAAACGAUGAGCCACAUCUUGACCGGGACCAUGACCACUAUGCCCAGGUGCUUGGCCAAAUGGCUCUGACCGGAUGUCGCUGGGGAGACUUCGUUGUCUGCUCAGAGAAGUGGAUAGUCGUUGAGCGCAUUCGCUUUAAUUUUCAGGAUUGGGUGGAAAUGCGGCAAAAGCUUGACGAUUUUUACUUUCGGCACAUGUUGCCCUAUGUUGCCCGCAAGUAAACCAGCUCAAACCGAGUAGUUAGGGCUAAAUAAAGAUGUCUCUGGCUGGGUGAACUGUUGUGUUUCAAUCAAGUUUGUCACCCCUCCCCUUGGCAGAGUAGCACUUAUGGUUCAUCACGCCGGCAGACAUCUCUGCCUUUUCAACAGAAUGCUCCCUCUCAUGAGCGAGCACGAAACAAAAAGAGACCACACAAGCAGUACACUCAUGACAGGUUUCUUUCGUGAAGGUCAGCACACAUACGAGACUCUCAACGCUCGGACACACAACGCAAAGUAAAAUUAACAUAUCGGGAAACUACAGAGCAUGUGCUCAUGUUGCAAACAGGCACCCACCCUCUAUUUAAAGGCACACACAUUAAGCAAGGUCCCUUGCAAGUCUGUCCUGCUUUUUCGUUCCCAAACCAAGAAAGUAACCGUCCCCCUUUCUCAUGACUGUCUGCACUUCGAGUGGGCACUCAAUCAAUAUUUUAUGGAAAAGGCAAAGUUUACAUGUACUUGUCAUAAAUAUGCACGUUAGGUUUCAGCCUGCCAUCAUAUCUGCGCUUCCUGUGCGAUUUAUGAGACGGGACUGAAAAUUUGUGAGUAUAGCUGCCACUGUCCAAAUCUGAUUAGCUACAGGGGCAAGGGUCAGUGGUAUCGGCCGAUCGAAUAUAUGAUAUGCCUUAAUUCUUUGUAUUCUACGUUCCACAUGAAUUCUUAGAGAUGCGAUUUCUUUGGUUUCUUGCACUUGUCCAUCUGUGAAUGUGCGGCCUCUCAAGAAAGGGGGCAGAUUCAGCUUUACGCCUUUUCUCUCAAGC